AUGAACUCAUCCAUUGUAACAAAUAUUUUAAUGUUCCUAGCUUGGAAAACAUCUUCAUUUACUCAAUAAAUACCCACAAAUCCUUGCCUUUAUCUCCAUACCAACACAACAUUUUCUCUCUUGUCUCCAAACAUGAAACACUCUCUCACUAUCUACACCCUUCUCGCUCUCCUUCUGGCCACCGGAAAAUUCGUUUCCGGCCAAAACUGCGGCUGCGCUUCCAACCUCUGCUGCAGCCAAUUCGGCUACUGCGGCACAGGCAAUGCUUACUGUGGGCCCGGCUGCCAGUCUGGGCCAUGCUACCGUCGGCAAAAUAAAGUUGGUGAUUUAGUGACGGAUAAUUUCUUCAACGGAAUUGCCGAUCAGGCGGCGGAGGGCUGCGCCGGAAAGGGAUUGUACACACGCGCCGCCUUCCUCCAAGCAACUAGGCAGUUCCCGAAAUUCGGCGCCACCGGCUCCGCCGACGACUCUAAGCGGGAGGUUGCAGCGUUCUUCGCGCAUGUCACGCAUGAGAGUGGACACUUGUGCGAAGCCUUAAACUUUGAUGAUGGAUUGAAAAAUCUUGAUAUCAAGGCCAGAGAUCCCGUUAUCUCAUACGAGAUCGCCUUGAGGUUCUGGAUGAAUAACGUGCACGCGGCUAUCACAUCGGGGAAGGGUUUUGGGGCGACGAUUAGGGCUAUUAACGGCAAGGAAUGCGACGGAGGGAAUCCAGCGGCCGUGACUGCUCGUGUUAAUUACUAUAAAAGCUACUGCGGCCAACUUGGAGUUGAUCCCGGCUCUAAUCUUCGUUGUUAGGAGGGAUUGUUGGAAACACAAGUGUGGCCUCUUGCAAGAGCUAAUAAUUAAGCAAGCCUGCUUGCAAGAGCUAAUAAUUAGGGUUUGUUGUGUUAUAAAUAAGGGGAAGUCUCUUGCAUGGACUAAGUAUAUAUGAAGUCGAUCACUCUCGAAGUGAUAUGUGAGUGUGUUGUGUGGAGUACUGUUACGCGUCUAAGUUUUCUUUAUGUUCAUAAAUAUCGAGUUGUAUGCUGUAAUUAUCAUUAUACUUUAUACAAAGUUAAACUUUUACGUUUUUAAA